AUGUUUACAGGAGCUAUAUUGCGAGAAAAAGAAGACGCUCAUAUCGAGGCAGCUUUGAGAUAUGCCGCGGAAUGGCUCACCCAACGAGGAAUUUACGGCGAAAUCGACUUGUUGAUCGAGCAUAUAACAGUUUUGGACCAUUACGAUGCGCUCAAAAAGGGUUUGUUUGAAAUGACUUUCGAUUUUACUGAUUCUAAGAACUCCAGAGUUUGUAUUACGAAGUAAAUAAAUAUUUUAAGCUUGCGCGAUGGUCGGCAAGAAGGACGUGAUCGCCUUGGUCGGGGGAUCCCAUGCCGCCUUGAACUCUCAAUUAGAGAGAUUGACUGAUGAGGUUUGGAAUAUAAUAUUCAAUUGAAAAUAUAAAAAAAUCUUUCAGUUGGAUAUUCCUCUCUUAACAGCCACCGACGACUUGGACACGCGCUUGGGCACAACGAAAAUCGACUUUUUCCCAAGGCCCCAACUUUUCGAAGCCGUCGUAGACCUUUUCACCCAUUGGAAAUGGAACCGGAUCGUUUUGGUCUACGAGGAUGAUGAGAGUUGGUUUUCUUAUUUUUCUCAAGAGUUUUAAAGGUAGAGAAAGACGAUUAAAAGUUAAAAAACGGCUGGUGAACUGCCCAAAUUCGCACUGAGACGAUUAGAACUAUCAAUUUUCAAAAAGGAAAAAAAUGGCAAAAAAGGUUCUGCGUUCGGGGGGAAUCGAACCCCCGUCGAAUUCUUGGAAGGCAUCCAUGCUGACCAUUACACCACGAACGCUGAUGCAGUUCCUGGCGCCAGAUUUGGACAUAUCGCCGCUAAUGCUUCCCGGUAACAUGAAGGGUUUUUUUUCUUUCCUUCUAAUUUCCGAACCUUUUGAUUAACCAUUUUCUCAAGACGGUUUUAGUUUCAAAAUGUCGGAAAUGCCCGUUUCUGACAAUUUUCAUUAGAUAACUCCUAAAAAUUGACAUUUUCAGGGAUAAGAAGACUCGAACAGCUCCUAGAAAGUGAGCAAUAUUCUACAAUACGUUUUUAUUUGAUCAAAGUCCAAGAAGGAAAUUAUUUAACAGCCGCCCGGGAGGUCCUUCUGAAAUUAAUCUUUCCAAGUUAAAAACGAUUUUUGAAGGUCAAAGAAUUGGAGGAAUGUCGUGUUUUGCACCGGAAAGACUGCCCUGAAUUCAGCAGAUUAUUACUUGAUUUGAACCCGGAACAAACCAACAAUUUUCUUUUGGCGGUAGUAUAUUUGAGAAAAUUGAAAAAAAAAUUUUAGGCGCUGCAAAUGGGUCUCAUCGAGUUGAAGCAUUGGUUCUUGUUGACGAACAUGGUAAGUCUUUAGGUAGGGACCGCAGACGAAUUUUCAAAAAAAUUUUUUCAGCAUUGAGCUUUGUAUGGUUCGAUAGCUGUUUCGAUUCAAAACUCAGAACCGUUUAGUUUUUCAAAAAAGAUUGAGGAUGAAAAAAGUUAUGACGGAAAAGGUGGCGCGCCGCGCACCAUGUUUUUAGUACUGAAAAUUUGGUAUUUCCAUUUUUGACAUUUUUCUCGAUUUUUCUUCUAGAACAAGUUUUGAUACUGGUCUAUUAUGAUGUAACAAAUCAUAAUAGAGUGCUGAAAUGAUGCUAAUCAGCUAGUUUGCCGAAAAAGUCGGUAUUUUCCAGAAAACAAAAAACUGGCGCUUGCGGGCAUCGAACUCGCGACCUCAAAAUGUAAAAUCGGAGCGCACGCGUUGCGCCAAGCUGUUAGGUCCAACGCGGGGAGCUUCCAUCCGCCAUACCCUUGAGCCGUUUGAAUAGCACAGAUUGCCUAUUUCAAAAAAAUAAAAAAACUUGAAGUAAUUUAGCUAUUUUUUUAUCAGAAUAUGUUCGCAAAUCUUUACUCAAACGUUUCGUGGAAAUUCACUUCGAAAAAAACUGUUUUUUUAGUGCUUUUUGCCUCGUUUAACGAUCGCUGCAUUAAAAACGGCCCCGUAAAUUUUUUUGGCAAAGACGAAUUUUUUUUAUUUUUAUUCUUUUAAUUGAAAGAUUUUUUUACUAAUAAAUGUAUAUAAUCGUUUGAAAAAAACCUGCGUUCGACCGCUUUCUGUGUGAUAAACGCCGCUAAUUUUUUUCUCUAGUUUCAAGAGCAUUUUUUUGCGUAUUAAACAACUUUUUUUCAAGCACAGGUGCUGUGGAGAAAAAAAUUUAAGUAAGACCAUGGUCUAAAUUUUUGAAAAAAACAAAAAAACUCGAUUAUAUUCGCUUAUUAACGAUAUUUUGAAUUAUGACUUUCGGCGCUCCCUAAAAAUUUUUUUGGCAAAGACGAAUUUUUUUAUUUUAUUGUUUUAAAAAUUACCGUUACUUGAAUCAAAAAUCAUUAUUUAAAAAAAGAAAGAGUGCGUUCGACCUAAAAACACAUGAAAAAAAGCAAAAAAACGACAAAAAUUUUUUUAGUUCCAUUCACGUUUUUUUGUACGACAUUCCGCGAGAACGCAUCAAAAAAAGCGUGAAAUAUUUUUUUAAACGAAAGAGGAAGCUUUUUCUGUACAUGUGUGUCAAAUUUUAUUCGCCAGUUCCACAUAUUUUACAACUACAACAAAAUGAAAGUUGAAAACCAAAAAAAAGCCACUUUUUCUAUCGCGAAAAGGGGCGUGGCUUUGCGGUCCCUAUCUUUAGGUUUUUAGAUUAAAAUCUGGGAGCUGCUUUUUGGGAGCUGCUUUUUGGGCGCUGCAUUCUGGGAGCUGCUUUCUGGGCGCUGCUUACUGGGCGCCGCUUACUGGGAGCUGCUUUUUGGGAGCUGCUUUUUGGGCACUGCUUCUUGGGGGCUGCUUUCUGGGCGCUGCUUACUGGGAUCUGCUUUUUGGGAGCUGCUUUUUGGGAGCUGCUUUCUGGGCGCUGCUUACUGGGCGCUGCUUUCUGGGCGCUGCUUACUGGGCGCUGCUUCCUGGGAGCUGCUUUUUGGGCGCUGCUUUCUGGGCGCUGCUUACUGGGAGCUGCUUUUUGGGCGCUGCUUACUGGGAGCUGCUUUUUGGGCGCUGCUUACUGGGCGCUGCUUACUGGGAGCUGCUUUCUGGGCGCUGCUUACUGGGCGCUGCUUACUGGGCGCUGCUUACUGGGCGCUGCUUACUGGGCGCUGUUUACUGGGCGCUGCUUACUGGGCGCUGCUUUCUGGGAGCUGCUUACUGGGCGCUGCUUACUGGGCGCUGCUUACUGGGCGCUGCUUCUUGGGAGCUGCUUUCUGGGAAGUUCUUCCUGGGCGCUGCUUUCUGGGCGCUGCUUACUGGGCGCUGCUUACUGGGCGCUGCUUUCUGGGAGCUGCUUCCUGGGAGCUGCUUUUCGGGCGCUGCUUCUUGGGCGCUGCUUCCUGGGAGCUGCUUUCUGGGAAGUUCUUCCUGGGAGGUUGUUUUUAAAAUCUUCGAAGUUUUUUUUGGUUUUCUCUGGUAAGAAGGAUCUUUUGGGCUUCCGGGCUUCCGGGCUUUUGAGAGCUGCAAGUUUCAAAAAAGUCUUCAGGAACUGUCGACGAUGAACAUGGAAUUGUUCCGGUACAAUCAUGCCCGGUUUAUCUCUCCUUAUCCGGUCGACGCCAACUGGCUCACAGAAAAUCGCGACGCCUUCAACUUCACCCACUUUAAGGAGCACAUUUCGGACACCUGGGCCUCAAAGACUGAAAACAGUAAAAACUUGAAAAUGGUUAUGAACGAAACUUUGAUGAGGAUGAAGAAAUCGAGAAAGUUCAGAUGGAAGCUGUUUUCACCUUUGAUGCAGUUUACGCGUUUGCCAACGUCUUCGCUGAUCUGUCCAAUGUCAUGCAGGUAUUUCUAUCUCGUUUGAAAACCAGAUUUUCUUCUCACUUAACUGACCAAGUUGGUCACUUUAAGAGGUAUUAUAAAGUUUGAGUUUUUCUUCAUUUUGUUGUUCGCCUUCUCAAAAGUUGCAGUCUUCAAAGUUUGUUCACUUGAGGGACCACUUAUUCAGAUGCACGACGCACCACAGACGAGUUGUCGUAGGCCCACUCAUAGUGCCAGGAAAUAUCAACACGGGCGGUCAAUUAUUAAUGGACUAGUUCAUAAUGUAAGCUCUCCGCAGAAAUAAAUAAACGUCUGAACUUUAAAACUGUCUCAGAAUCUGCAUGGUUUGAGCGGAGACUUGCGAAGGCUUAACGGACACCCGUUGAAGAGCAACUUCUCGAUGAGAAUCCACCUUCUUGGCUACAGCGGCAGACUGGAAGAUGUAAGACUUGAAUGACACUCUGACCUGUCUACGCUCUCUUUUCAUUCACCGUCUAGGUCGUAGAACCCUGAAAGUAGCAUGGAAAGACGAGAGAACGCAGAGAAAUCAGACUAUUCUAAAAUGAAUUUUUAAAAUUUCAAAUCAGAUUGGAUUCUGGGAACCAGCUACCAAUGUCCACGUCAACAUGUCCGGCGACUCGAAAGCUCAACUUCAAAGGAAUGUUCAAGUUUCCGACGAGUUGAAGCCCCAUUUUCGAGUCACUACUAUCAUGGUAAGCAUUUUUAGAAUUUAUUAAAAUAUUUUAAAAUAUUAAGCAAUUGAAAAAAUUGGUCAUUUAAAACUUUCCCUUGCUUUAUUGAGAGCUUACAAGAGAUUUUGAUGGCAAUGAAAAAUGGCAAAAAGAGUUCUGCGUUCGGGGGGAAUCGAACCCCCGUCGAAUGCUUGGAAGGCAUCCAUGCUGACCAUUACACCACGAACGCUGAUGCGGUUUCUGGCGCCAGAUCUGGACUUAUCACCGCCUAAGCUUGGAUUACAUGAAGGGAAAGAGCGACAUGAAGUUUUCAUUUUUGUUAGCUUCUGGUUUAGUGGUUUGCAUAACUGUCUUCAAAGUAAGCGACGCGGUUUCAAAUCCGCUUGAGGAGAUUUUUAUUGCAUUUUUUUGAUUUCUUGUUUCAGGAGCGCCCAUACGUCAUGUUGAAGAAAAACCACUACGAGUUGGAUGCGAAUUCGAAAUUCGAAGGGUUUUGUAUUGAUUUACUGGCUGAGCUGUCCAAAGAUCUAGGUUUUACCAAAAAAUAAGAUCAAAAAAAAUUUUUUUAAGGUUUCACCUACACAGUUCACGCAGUUAGAGAUGGAAAAUACGGAAAUGACAAUUUUGGGAAUGGAACUUGGGAUGGGAUGAUUGGCGAGAUUCUGAGAGGGGUGAGACUUUUUUUUUGAUUGAAAAAUAUUCUGACCUGUCUCCGCUCUCUUUCCUCUUGCUGUCGAGAGAUGUAAAUAGAAUUCAAAAAUGAGAGGGCACAGAGAAGCCAGAAAUUCAAGUUUUUUUUCCAGGAGGCCGAAAUGGCCGUCGCCCCACUUACGGUCAAUUUCCGGAGAUCAGAAGUCGUCGAUUUUACCAAACCGUUUUUGUCCCUCGGAAUUAGUAUUCUUUAUAAGGUUUCAUUUUUUUUUCAAUAAAUAAAAAUUGGAAUUUUUCCAGGUGCCUGACGAUCAACAACCGGACCUAUUUUUCUUUCCUGAAUCCUUUGUCUUGGCAGAUUUGGGUGGCGAUUGGGACGGCUAUUGGUGA